UAGGAUACCAGAUAUAGUGAAUGCAGGGUCCGGGGAGACCAGAUAUAGUGAAUGCAGGGUCCGGGGAGACCAGAUAUAGUGAAUGCAGGGUCCUGGGAGACCAGAUAUAGUGAAUGCAGGGGUCCUGGGAGACCAGAUAUAGUGAAUGCAGGGUCCGGAGAGACUAGAUAUAGUGAAUGCAGGGUCCGGAGAGACUAGAUAUAGUGAAUGCAGGGUCAUAGGAGACCAGAUAUAGUGAAUGCAGGGUCAUAGGAGACCAGAUAUAGUGAAUGCAGGGUCCGG